AUGGAGUGGUUCUGGCAGGAUGUGCCACCGCCCGUUGCGCAGCCACCGUGUGAGACGUGGGUGGCGGAGUCUGGCGAUGCAUGCGCAAAGGUGUUGAUGAACACCGACACGACGGACAGGGCCGGAGAUUGCAUGCGGCCGUCGAUGACAAUCACAAACGCUGAGGAGGACGAAGAGGAGGGGCGGGGGAGCUCGCAUCCGGUCAUGUACAUUUCCCCAGACGUGGCUGACGUGGUGCGGAAAUCGUCGCGGGAGUUAUUCCACUCCCUGCUGCGGAGCUCGAACUCCACACAGAGCUCGGCGCUGCUGCAAGGCCCCCCGCUCGCCAUCACGUGGCACAGGCCUACAACACCGUCUCCGCAGCCAUCCGUUGCGCCUUCAGCAUUUAGACCGCUGCCACACACGAAGCGCACGCGUGAGGCGGCCGGGUUGUCAGAGGUCUCAUCGGAUGGUGGCUUGGAAGCGCGGGCACUUUUCGUGCGUGGAGGGGCGCACCCCAGAUCUCUGUGUGCGGCAGCGAGGCAAUGGAGCGUCGAGGGUGAUGACCAGCUCACCGCACACGACAAGACUGAGCCGGCUAAGAGUUUGCAGCAAACCCCUCGGUGGACGUCAACGCGAAAGAGGCCGCGUGAGGAGGAGGAGGAGGAGGAGGAGAUGGGAGUUGAUGCCCACGACGCGGCCCACGAGCGGUAUGUUUACGGGCGCUAA